CCGACAAAGUUAUCAUGUUUGGUGGACGACCGACCCGAACUUCGUCUGCCAGCAGACAACCAACAAAAGUGACCGAUGACCUCGACUUUCCAGACAUUGAUGCGUUACUCAAUGCGCCUCUUCCGGCAGAAACAGACGCCAUGGACGAUGGAACCGAGCUUGACGAUCCCGAGUUGCUGAAACAACUUCAAGCCCUCACAUCGCCUCAUGGUGCGACGGCCGCUUCUAAGAAGCGACCAGUACAAAAGAAGAACCCGGUCGCGUUACCUGCCGACUUGGACUUGGAAUCCUAUGUGACACUGGCCCAAGAAGACGGCGACGAUGUCUACGUAGAAUUGACGGAAGAUGACUAUAAUGAUCCUCAUUUACUGACCGAAUUGUCAGCAUUAUCGUCCGCCCCAGAGCCUGUCCAUAAUCAACCAUCCGCUCGACCUCCGCAAUCAAAAAAGCCUACUGAAGCCGCGUUGCAAUUGAUGAAUAUGGGAUUUUCCCAGAUUCAGGCAAUGGAAGCUCUAUCCAUGUUUGAUGACGAUAUCGAGCGCGCUACCAACUACCUACUAGACAUGCCAGCCGAAGCAACAACAGAGGCUGAAUCCGUCCCCGCCACCACUACAUCGAACGUUCCGCAGACAUCAAACGACAUGCUUGUAGAUGUGACAUCGACGCCUUCAGAUACCGUGAUGAAAGAACCGGAGCAACAGCAAAAGGAAUUGCCAGACCUGAGCACUCCUGAGCAGGGUGAAAUGGGACAAGACAUGGAUAUUGUGAUGGAGCUCGAAACCCUAGACCCUCAGCAACUCAAGGAAAAGGCUCAGCAAUAUCAGAAAAUGGCACUUGAUGCAAAAAGGCAAGGUGAUAAGAAGAAAGCUGUUGCGUUAUUGAGACACUCCAAAGUUUUGCAGCAACAUUACACCGAUCUCAAUGAAAGCCUCCCCACAUCUACCCCCACACCGGAACCCAUUCAACCAAGAUCUUUUACUUUACCGUCUCCAUCCCAACAACAGCCUCCUAUGCUGACCGAGUCGAAUUCUCCUAUACAGGAACCUUCAACAUCGCCCGCUGUAACGUCGCCCGCUGCAACAUCACCCGCUGAAACACCCACCUCCGCGGUUCCGCCCAUUAAUGACCAGCAAGUAGCCGCGCUGCAGAAAUUGCUGCAGCAGAUUAUCGAGAAACAGAAAGAAUACAAAGAAGCUGCAUUGCACUACAAGGAGCUCGGAAACCUGGUGGUGGCGAAGCAAAUGAUAAAAACAUCAAAGAAUCUUUUACAGCUUGGUAUUCAAGUGAAGAAGGGCGACAUCACCGAUAUUCACGAGAUUGAAAAAAAUAUACCCGACAAACCGGAUUUGCACUUGGGAGACGGCAAAAUGCGACAUAUUAAAGAAUUCGGCCCGGGGGCGUGCAAUCAAACGUUUGAACAACUGGGCACCCAGUUGUCCUACCAAGUGGAUGUAUGCCACAAUCUUUCCAUUCAGGCCGGUGGACGUACAUCAAAAGGAGGGAAGUCCAUGUCGGAUUCAUGCAAUCUGCGGUUUUCCCAAUUAGAGAAAGCGUUUGCUGCGGAUUUAGUGUGGUUACGCUCGUACCAUGAUCAGACACCGGAUGCUCCAACGCCAUCACUGCAUUUCGAGCAAGUCGAUUAUACCUAUCGCAACAUUCUGGAUCACAUCCCACCGAAUCAACUGGAGCUGAAAAUUAUACGAGGAUCGGGUAUACAAACACUUGAAGUAGCUCAUCAAGUCAACCCAUUUGUGACUUAUGACUUUGGUGGAUGGCCCCCUGAAAAUACGGCGCAAGCAGCCAUGGGCAAAGGUGAAACACCUGUACAAAAAGGUGUUAAUCCAGAAUUUAAUUUCGAGUUGCAGAUACCCAUUUUACGUACCAAUCGUCUGUUUGUCCGGUAUAUCCAGCGUAAAAAGCUUACACUUGAAGUGUUUCACGAGAAAUACAGCUACGGUCUAUUUCGACGGCCCAUCUCGUUAGGUAAAGUUAUUCUGCCCUUGGACCGACUAUUAACCAAAUGUUCCAUAUCCGGAUGGUUUGAUCUUGUGGAUGCCAAUCGUAAGAAAACAGGAGGCCGUUUGGAGCUUCAAGUAAACAUGCGUGAGCCGCUGUCAUCGGAAGAUGUCGUGAAACGAUCGGAAAGAUGGCUUGUGAUUGACGCUGUACAGAACGAUACGUCGCAACUGAUGGCAGCAGCAGGGCUUACUGCGGGUCCAUAUCAGACGCCAGCCAAUACCGCAGUGCCAUCACCGUCUGUGACCUCAAAUCCUGCAUCGCCCUCCGUGGCUGCUGCCGAGAGUGAUUCAUCCAUGACAACACCGCCAUCAUCAGCAAAGCAAGAGAUUAAAGCAGCGGCUCCCGAAAAGAGCACCGCUGGUAAGCAAACGGUGUCAGCAGAUACUCCAGAAUUAGAGCAAGCAGAAGAGGAACUCAACAGUGUGGAAAGUAUUGUGUCCAAUAUGGUCUUGGAGCACGAAAUGCGUGUAGUUAAUACGGCGUUGUCGUCUAAACAAUCCACUAAAGCGGAAGAAGAUUUGAUGGAUCGAAAACAGGCACUGGAGAUUAAGAUGAAUAUGCUGGUGAUUCAAGUACAGACCGGUAUCCUGGACAUGGCUACCUAUCUGAAAGCAGUACAGACUCGGAUGGACCGCGACCGUCAAUUGGCUCUUUUAUUUAAGAAACAUCAACGAUUAGAUCUUGCCAAAAUCGCCUUGACACGAAAAAAGAUCAUGCAAGACGAAUUGGAAGAAGCAGAAGCCGCUAUGGCAGCUGGAGAUGGAUCUUGAGUGUCCUGUGGAUUGAUAACAUCCAAUGGCUGAGGGCUAAUUUCCUUGCGGGCAUGAUUUGUUGAAGCAUCUGCUCUUUUUUGAUUCUCAGCUUUUUCCGUUCUGUUCAUAUUGCAACC